CACAAUGAGAACUUCCAUGCAUUUUGGGAAGAUGCAUGGCACGCUCGAUCAGCUCUCCUGUGAAGCCUCUUCAUGCCCUCUUUGAAAUUACCAUCGCACGAUGAGCAAGGCACAAAAUAAAAAGGAUCUUGCUGAGGCAGGGCGUAGAAAGCUCGAGGCUUUCCGCAAGCAGAAAGCCGAGGGGAAAUCCAAGGCACCCAAGGGGGCCCCUCCUGACAUUGCCCCAGCUGCGGACAGCCCCAGCCCCAGGAAGGCCCUGCCUAAGCAACCACCUCCACCACCGCACCAGGGAUCUGGGGCUCUUGCUCCGCAGAGCAAUGUAGACCUUGCAGACACCAGGGCUGUGCGACAAAGGAGCGGCAGCAAAGAUGAGGAACCACAGCAGGAGGGUCCUUCUGGACGGGGCCCAGGAGCAAGCUCCCAAAGCAUCCCAUUCAGCCUCUCAUCCCCUGAUGUGGGGCAGCAGAAUGCUGACACAGCUUUGGGGAAAGCCAGCAUAGCUCCUCCUGCCACAUCCAGCUCAGCCGCAGCAGCCGCAGCCACUGGCAGCCAUGCAUAUGCGCCGGCAGCUUCUACGUCUACUCUCCAGCAGACCAGGCCUCCACGGGCCGCAAGGGGCCUCCUGUUUGGCGCCCUGCCUACACCGCCACCACUGCCGUUGCCCCCGCCACCUCCUCAGUUCAACUUCAGGGCGUCCCAACCGCCUCCAGUCUCGGCACCCACCAAGGACAGCCCACAGGGAGACCGGGGCAGAGAAGAGUCCACCCAGAGCAGCAGCAGCAGCAGCAGUGACAGCAAACAGCUGCGUGAGCUGCCAGCUGCGGAAGCAAGAGCGAAGCCUGCAUCUGCAGAGGAGCACAGUCAGGAAAAAACAGUACAGAGGAGCAGUGCACAGCUGGAAAGGGAUCCCUUUGGCAGCCUCUUCCGCGCUCCAGACCGGCCGCAGCAGUCGCCACCGCAGCCCAGCAGCAGCCGUUCUGGCCAGACCGCGCCAGCAGGCCCAUCAGGGCUGGACUCGCCUCCCCCUGGGGCCUCAGCUCUGCAGCCUUCAGCCACCUCAGCGGAGGGUGCCUCUCCGCAAAGAGAACACCAAGGAGACACGCCAGCCUCAGCUGGCAUGGUGACUGCAGUUGCUUCAGCAGAGAGUGGGCCACUUUCGGAGUCUAUUGCGAUACGCGCGGCCAACGGCUAUGCAGCGCUGUCUGACGGCUAUUUGUCUCCUUCGCGGCUGGAGGAAGCGACGCCCUCGCCAGGCAGGCAGCCGGAGCCAGAUCAGGUGGAGGUGCUGCCAGUCAGUCGCAGCGCGGGUCUGAACAGGCUUGACAGCGCCUCUCCCGCGCCGUCUGGCAGGACCUCGGAAGCUGCCGCGCCAGCUUCACCGCGGCUGCGGCCCCUGCAAGGGCCCAGCAGUUCAAAUGGGUACUCCGCACUGUCAGACGGCUACAUCGGGAGGAGCCCAGGCGGCAAUGAAAAGGCGGAUAGCAACGGAAACCAUUCCAAUGGCGGCUUGAAACCCGGGGAAGGAGGCUGGCUCGGGGAUCGAGGAAGUCCUUAUGGCGCUGGGGCUGGGACAUCUGCAGCAAAGCAGGCUGCGCAGACAGGCAAGGCAGGCAGCAGCUUUGCGGACCUGUUUGACGCAGUUCUGUCCGACAACAAGGGGUCGAGGAAGCCGCACUCAUUCAGCCCGAGCCGCGGCACCGGCAGCAAUGCGGCAGCGGUAGCACAGGAGCCGCCGCCGCCUCCACAGCAUGCCACCUCAGGCAGCGCAGACACCCAUACACCAUCAGCGCCUGCUUGGCAGCAGCACACUGCCAGUGCUGCCACAUCCUGGCCCAGGACAUCAGGGCCGCCACCGCCGCAGUUGCAGCCGUCCGCGUCCGUCUCGGACGAAAUUGCGCCGCUCGGGCGGCGGGCACCGGGAGACGCGGACACAGACACCGGCAGCAGGUUGGCCGAGGGGGCUCUAGACGUUUCCGGCCCCGCGAGUGCCCCCAGGGCGAACGGGGGGACCUCAGGGUUUGACCCCUGGGCGAGGCCGUCUCCGCCGCCGUCCUCCGGGGAGCCGCGCAGCGUUGGGCCGGGGAGCAACGACGGCGGGCGCGCCAGGUUUGCUGCGCUGCAGCAGCACAUAGACGAGCUGACGCGUGAAAAGUACGAGAUGCUGCGCGGCAUGGCCGGCCAGCGCAAGGUCACCGAGAGCCUCGAGGACGAAAACCAGAAAAUUGCGGACGACUUCAAUCGCCAGGCGGGCCAGGUGGGCGCGCUGGGGAAGCAGGUGGAGCAGCUGAGGGCGGAGGUUGACGCGCAGCGAAUGGCGCUGGCGGCCAUCGCGGCCGAACGCGACGCCGCGCGAUCCUCCGCAGCCGACUCCUCCCAGCGCCUUGAGGCGCGCCCUUACUCUUGA